UUGGGAGCUUGGAAAUUUCUUUUCUCAAUUCUCGCAGUUUUGAAAGAACCAUCAUCAAUGGCGGACGCAGCACCAGCCGGUGGUGGACGAGGUGGAUUUGGACGUGGAGGUUUUGGUCGUGGAGGACGAGGUAGAGGACGCGGGCGAGGACGUGGUCGUGGGCGAGGCAGAGGAAAACCCGAUGAUAAAGAGUGGGUGCCUGUGACCAAAUUAGGACGUCUGGUGAAAGAAUUGAAAAUUAAAUCAUUGGAGCAGAUUUAUCUUUUCUCAUUGCCAAUCAAGGAGUUUGAAAUAAUCGAUUUCUUCCUUGGUGCGGCUCUGAAAGAUGAGGUUUUAAAAAUCAUGCCAGUUCAGAAACAAACCAGAGCUGGGCAAAGAACUCGUUUUAAAGCCUUUGUUGCGAUUGGUGACCACAAUGGGCAUGUUGGUCUUGGGGUCAAAUGCUCCAAAGAAGUUGCAACAGCUAUCAGAGGUGCAAUCAUUUUGGCCAAGCUGUCUGUCAUUCCCGUACGAAGAGGUUAUUGGGGUAACAAAAUCGGUAAACCUCAUACUGUGCCUUGUAAGGUAACAGGUAAAUGUGGUUCAGUCCGUGUAAGGUUGAUUCCAGCCCCUCGUGGUACAGGCAUUGUAUCAGCCCCUGUACCCAAAAAGUUGUUACAGAUGGCAGGAAUUGAUGAUUGUUAUACAUCUGCCAGAGGUGCAACUGCUACCUUGGGAAACUUUGCAAAGGCAACAUUUGAAGCUAUUGCAAGGACUUAUGAGUACUUGACACCAGACCUUUGGGCUGAGAAUAAGUUCAGCAAGGUACCAUAUCAGGAAUUCACCGAUUUCUUAGCAAAACCAGUUUUGCCCAAGGUUGCACCAGCAGCAAGUCAACCAGAACAACCUGCUGCACCAGCUGGGAAGGCAUAUUAAACCCUGAUUGGACUUGAGUGUAGAUUGAAAGGAAAGUAAACAAAAUAAAAGCUUCCUAAAAUUA